AUGGCCAUCGGCGACGAUGACUCCAGCAGGUAAGUUCAUAACGACUAUAGCUGCAUCCUGUAUCUAUCUAUGUUAUACAUACAGGGUGCACUGGCCAACACAGUGCGAUAGCACUAAAACUGUCAAUUUCGGAGUUUUUUAUUAUUAUUUUUCGAUUUCGUUAUCAAAAUUAAAAUUAUCGUUCGUCUCGUGCCCUGGCUCGCUUAAGUUUUCUACAAAAAAUCAUCAAGGUUUUGUAUAAUACGUGCAGAAACCUAUAGACACAUCGGGAGUUUAUAAACGUUUACUCCUCUUCCCUCACGUUUUAAUUAUUCGAAAAGGGACUAUAUAAUUUUGAACCGCCGAUAAUCUCUCGCAUGCCGUUACAGUAAACAAAUUUCGCUACUAAAAUAAUAAUAUCCGAUUUUUCCGUCAAGCGGUCGGGUUAGGUGUAGGCGGGUGUAUUAGACGGGUAAUAAAAAUAAACUGCCGGACCUCCGCAACUGCUCUUCCGGGAUUAUUUGUAAACGGACAUGAGUUCCUAAUGCUGGGUGAGGGGAGAGGGGGUUUAAACCGUAUAGAAAAUCGUAUUCCCGUAAUAUAUAGAUAGGUGGGUGGUAGGUAUAUUAUUAUCAAAGCAAAAUCGAAUUCAGGAUAACGAUUAUGUAUAAUAUAUUCCGAUCGGCAAAGUCGACGCAAUUAUUAUCGUUAUCAUCAGAUAGGCGGUCGGUAAAAAAAUGGAGUGGGCGGGGAUUUCAAUUUUUUGUUCGUCCGAUAUCCAAAUAAUAACACCGCAAUAUUUAUGUACAUGGUCGAACGAUUUUUCGACGGAACGACUGUUUACAGACGAUAGGUAGGAAAAAAUAAAAAAUAAGACUUCAAGUGAAAUAUAGAUACCAAUAGAAAUAACCGUGUCGUAUAAUGUUAUUAUGAUCCGCAUAGGUCGGUACCGUUACCUUAUUUAAGGUCCUUUUUUUACUUACUUAGUGUGUAUACUCGUAUAAGUACACUGCAGACUCGUAUUUAUCGUUUUGGAAAUUGCCCGCCUCCCCGUAACACUGAUAGAUAAUCCGAUUAUUUUCCUACAAGAAUCGGUCAUAUUAUGGUACAAAAAAAUAAAAUAAUAAUAAAAUAAAAUGCAUACGUCGUCGGUUCCGAAAAGGAUUUUUUUUUACAAUAUUAUCCUUUUCUCUUGAGAUUCACGGUGACGCGGUGAAGACGUUGAUCGCGGGUCACGGUCGGAAAAAUAAAAUCGUUUCGUACCCCGCUAAAUAGAGAUGAGCCUAGAACUAAGCUGCAGUGUUGUAUAAAGACAGAAUGUUAAAGUAUCUAGAUGAAAAUAGGAACUUAAUUCUUAUAAUAAUAAUUAUUCUAGCAGUUAUCAAAUGCAGAAAUGGCACGCCGUGUUUAAUUUUUAAAAUUGUUCAAGAAAGACCGAAAACUCCUCAGACACCUAGAAUUUUAUAAUAUUUCAAAUAACGAUAAGCGCUUCUAAUAGAUGAUACCUAACACAUUAUGUUGGUUAGGUAAGGUGACAUUUUUACAAACACUUUUUUCAAAGUUAUAGAUAAUUUUUGACUUUCUUGGCAAAUAUUAAAAUUUAAACAUGUGCCUUUUCUUCAUUCAGCAAUUCGAUUAUCUAGAUGAAGAUAAAUAAUCGGUGACUUUUUAAAAUGAUAAUUUUGUUCACUAUAUAGGUACCUAUCACAAAAAAAACUGCUAAAAGUAGUAAAGUGUACCAGACUUUUUGUUACACAUAUCGAUUUUAAAAAUGUUGUAUGAUUAAAGAAACGGAAUAAUAAUUAUUAAUGCAUUAAACUAUAAUAAUAUAAUUUAGAUGUUUUACCUAUUUAUUUCUAAUAUGUACAUAAAUUAUGUAUUCAAAAAGAUGUAUCUAAACGAUUCAAUUAUUUAUCUUAAAUAAUUUGUUUGUCAUCUAUUUAGAUAUGUCAUAGAAAAUGUAUCUAGAUAAAACACAACACUGAGACUAAAAUCAUAGAAUGGUACGGUUUUUAUUUUUAUUUUUAAUGACUGAAUAUAAUAUACUUUCAGGUAUUACAUUGUUGGAAACCCGUUGAACGGCGUAAUUAAAUUGUCCGACAUAUUUCUGUGAGGGUGACAAAUUUGAAAAAGAAAUCCACGAUUUAUUAUAACGUAUCAUUUUUUCAAAUUUCUUGUCUGCGUGGAAUGUGGUCGAAUUUUUCGUUGGUAUCGCUCUAAUCUGACGUCUUCAAUCGAGAUUUACCAUCAAUUGAUGGGUACGAUUAAUAAUAUGUUUUAUAAUAAUGUUUUGUAUUAAUAAUAUGUUACAUUAAUAAUAAUGCAUUAUAUUUUUUAUGGUAUACAGGGAGACAAAUGGAAUUAUCAUCUAAUCUCAAAUGUUUCAUUUAAGUACGCCCGGAUUAAAGAUUACGGGGGCCUGGGAUCGAUAUUAGUAAGGGGCCCUAAUCUAUUAAAAUGGGACAAAUAAGCAAACAAAUGGUCAUCGCUUAAAUUGUAUACUCUUGAAACAAAAUGCUGUGUGUUUAAAUCUAACUAAUGAACAAAAAAAUAAAAAGGUUCUAAAAUAUUUGGUUCCAUUCAUAGUAUAAGUCAAUAAAAGCAAUAAUAUAUUAGUAUAAUAUGCAUAAAAUAGUCUUUGUGGGCCGCGGGGACGUGGCCUCUGCCUCUCUUAAUCCGUGUCUGUCAUUUGUAUACGUAUACUUCAUGGUUUUAUGGCAGUCGUGUGAAUUGAAUUAAUUUUAUACAGUUUUCAAUAUAAGCGAAUGGAAAUUUGAAAAUUAUUCAAUAGCCUAACCUAAAUGACCACAUAAUAUAGCUUGGAUGUAUUAUUAUAUAAUGAAUUUUGGCACUUAUGUCUUUUUACCAAAUCAACAGUACACCGUAAUGAUUUAUGAUAUUUUAAUUUGUGAUAUAACCUGACGUGUUAAGAUAUACAAACACUUAUGCUCUUUAGGCUAAUAAAUAAAGGAAAAAAAAUUACAAAAAAAAAAUAAAAAAUAAAAAAAUGUAUACAAUUUACUUCAGCCCUUCUUUCUCGAAGAAAUCAUAUGGCAGAUUUUAAAUUUGUUAUGGAAAAAAUGCCUACUUUUCAUUAAAAUCGAUGGUCCUUGCUUCGUUCCUGCCUUUAUAUUGGUAUUGUUUUCGUAUAAGUAGGUUAUAUUAUAUAGGUACCUACUUACAUUUUAACCAUUUUGAAUUUAAUACCGCAGUUGGAUUAUAAGAAUAUAUAGUGUUUGAAAAUCGUAUAAGUUAUUUAAUAUUAAAAACCACCUCGACGGCACCUUAAUGCAAAGAUAAAUGAAAAUGUUAAUCGAAAUAUCAUAAUAUAGGUUCCCACUGCAGCGCUUUCGUUGGUACAUAGAAUAUUAUUAAAUUUCUCGUGCAUACAGCUAAAACAAUCCGCGCGGUCAACUGAUUUUAUCACCACGUUUAUAUAUGGUAAAAAUGAUAAAACAACCGUAUUAUUUUAUAUUAUUAUUAGUAUGAUUUAUUUUUGAAAAAAAUUGAAGCAAUAUUCGAUUCUACGGCGUUUAUAGUUAAAAUGCAGACAAAUUGAAUAUAUACGAUAAAAAAAUAAUACAAAUAACCAAAAAUCGUCCAGAUUCGGUUUAUUUUUUCGUAUGAAAAUAUUUUUUUAAAAACAUUUUCCAACCGGUUAAUUGAAAUAAUAUACACAAUUGCGUUUUAGGAAAAAAAAAACCGUGGAUAUUUUAAUUUUUAACCAUUAUUGAAUAGUUAACAAAUAGUUUUUCGGUUUUUUUGUUUUUUAUUGCAAUCAUCGAUGGUUAGUAAAAAGUGAAGAAAUCAAAUAUGGCUUGGAAUUUCUGAUUGGCAAUCGUCGGUUGUUCACGAAUUUUCAAAGAUUUUCAUAGGUACCGUUUUGCUAUUACCUUCUACCCGUUCAAAAGAAAACUUCGUUAAAAUAAUCAUAGGUAUUACUUAGAGAAAGAUUUUAGUUAUUAAUGCCCAUGAUCAAUAAGAUAUUUCAACCGUACAUAAUAAUAUGAAUGUAGGUACCAACUUCCAAUAUAAACAUUAACUCGGUUUAGGUUAGAAAUAUAAAAAUAUUUGAAAAAAAGGAAAUAAUAGAAAAACAGUUUUAUUUUUGCUUUCUUAUAUAGGUUUUAUACGUAUACGCACAUUGUUUAAAGACUUUUUUAAAUAUCUAGAUAAAGAUAAAAGAUAAUCGAUAUGUAGAUAGAAUAUUAUGAUAAAACAUAACGAUUUAAUCAUUUAGAAUUUAGAUAAAGUUAAAUGAAAUACCCAUCUUUAUAGGUAUUUACCGAAGUGUUCAAAAUGUACCUGCGUGUACCAGAUAUGGUAAACUUCUAGAAUUUAAAAAUAUUUUAGGAUGAAUAUAACAGUUCAAAGUUUCAGAAGAAGAAAAUUGACUAUUAUAAAUUAAAUAUCUUGCCUAUUCUUCCAAAAAAAAAUUUAAUACUAUGUUAUUACGUUUUAAAAGAUUUAUCUAGAAGAUUUAAUUAUUUAUCUUUAGUUUGAUAGAUAUAGGGUAAUUUAGUUUAUGCACUAAAAACAUAGAUACAUCAUUGUAAUCAGAAAAUGGUUCUGAAACGAGAAGUAUUAGCAUAUACAGAGAUGUAGGUAAGGGAAGGGGGUUAGACCUACAUUUCAAAAUAACUUUAUGUAAGAUACAUUUGUUUCUACUCCCAAUUCACUCCUAUCCUAUUAUACACAAUUAAUAGGCAGAGCCCUACCCCUCAUCAAUAAUCUAUAUCAAAACAAAUAAAAAUAAAAAUAAAACUGAUGUAUCGAAAUUUGUUGUAUAUUUAAGAAUUUUAAAACUUUUAGACUCAAGUGUAGCAAAGAAUGUAUUGGUUUUACAAAGAUGUUUUUUUAUUUUUUUAUACUGUGUGCUAAAAUUCUACCAGAAAUCUUAUUCCGAUGUUACGAUGUAACUCUUUUCUGGAAGGAAAUUUUCUUGGGAUGGUACUUUACGGAGGUAUUUUUUGAUUUUCCAAAGAUUUUUCUCAGAAAAUGUGAAAAACCGGAAAAUAACAUGAGAAAACCGAGAAAAACGUAGGGAAUACUCGAAAAUCGGUACAAUAUUAAACAAAUAUUAUUAAAGAAAAUAUAUAAUGCUUAUUUAAUUAUUUAAUAUUUUACCAUAAUGUGAUAUAUAUAUAUAUAUUGUUGACAAAGCAUCACUAUCAACUGAACUCCACUCAGAAUUGUUUUUUCGUAAUCAAUGGUUUCUCGUUGCUUUCAGAUAUAUAUUAAAUUUACUUCUGUAUCCUACUUUCCCAACUUCUCAACUAAAACAGUGUCUGCACCCACUUACGAAGUAUGUCAGUAUUUUUUAUUUUAAUUUAAUUGAAAAACUGUUGGUAAUCAAAAAAUUCUCAUCAAAUAAAUAGUACCUGUAAAAAAUCCGCAUAUUUUAAGGUUCAGCGUGAAAAAAUCGAAACAUUUUUCUAACCCAAAAAUCGUAAAAAACCACACGCAUCUUAGUAAAACAAACCGAUUCUGCGGAAUGCUUUGAAUGUUACAGAGUCUUUAAUAUGGAUGGACCAAAGUUUUUAUAGAAUCUGAAAAAAUGUAGGCAGACGAAAAUUAAAAAAAAAAAAAAAAAAAAAAAAAAAAAAAAAAAAAAAAAAAAAAACAUGGGAAAUCAAAACCGACUUUCUUACACAACAGCAAGAUAAAAUUUUCUUUUAGAAAUAAAUUCUACUCUUUUCCAUGUUUCCGGUAGAAAAUUUGUUUACAGACGUACAAAAAAAAAAAAAAAACAUGCACGUCAUAGUCGUGUCACCAAGACAUUCCUCGCGGCACGCUCAAAAUCUACAACAAAAUAAACCAAUAGUCUAUUUCUACUGUUUUACCACGUCUUACUGUAUACACAUCUAUAACAGUUUAAUAAUACUAUAUACGUUUAGAUUAUAUAUUAUUUAUUAUUUAUAUAUUAUGCAGGUAUUGUCUCCGUGUCGAUCGAAUGGCAAAAUAAUAUACUUGGGCGUAUUUGUACCCGUGUAUAAUAUUAAUGUGUGUGUAUGCUAUUAUAAACAAAUAUUAUUGCAAAAUCACCGCCGCGGUGUCCGCCGUCGUCGUCCGACGUUCAUUAAUAACAAUAACAGGGUCAAUAUGUGUGGCGGCCGUAUAGUAAAAUAUAAUAAUAAUAAUAAUAUCUAAUGUAACGUGUGGAUAAGAUCAAACGGACGUAUUCCUAUAACGGGUUUCGUAUUAUGUACGUAGGUACGUGAUCUAUGCUUCGGAUGGAUCAUUGAGUAACGGUGCCCCCAAGUCGCUUUCUAUGUGCGCUUACCUGUAGGUACGUAAACACCGCUGUCGCUUGUCACACUACACCGCAUCGCGGUUCUCAAAUUAAUACAAUAUACCUAAUAUUGUAUUAUUGAAUUUCAUUAUGCAAUUGGGUUUACGGCAUUACCUGUAAACCGAGCUGUCAUUAAAAAAAAAAAUAUGUAUAUGUGUAACGCUAUUAUUAGACAUGUACUUCGUCGUAGCGGUAUUAAUAUAGUAUUUUAUUGAAAUAAACGGUUUAAAAAUUCCAAUCGAACGGAAAAUUGUACGAUUCACCUUCAAUUUCGUUGAACAACAAUAAUAUUGCCCGGAAAAGAAAGUGAAAACCGUAUUUUAUUAUACAUCACAUGUUUUUCUUUUUAUUUCGACGAUUAAUAAAACGGUUUUAAGUGUGAAGAUUUAAAUUUUUUUUGUUUUCAACGUCGUUUUAUCACACUAAUAAACGAUAUGACAGCGAAUUUGUACGAUUGUUAUUUCACAUUACGAUUUUUAUCUAACGUUUUAUUAUACACGGCGUGUUAAAACAAAUGAAUACCCGUGGUUUUUUUUUCUUCUAAAUAUCCACGUGUACCUUCGUAAUUGUUAUUGUAUAUCGGUAUAGGAUUCAUUUGUAUUGUUAACCUAGGUCGUAAAAUCAGCGUUGGUUAUAAUAAAAUACAUUUGGAAAUGUUUCGAUGAUGAUUAAAACGGUCAUAAUUGUUAGAGUAAUAUUAUCAUAAUCAAAGACAUACAUCCGGGCCGAAUCGUCCGAAUCGCAUUAUAUUAUAUUAUAACCGAAUUGUAAGGGGGGUGUAGCAGGGAGUUGUUUCUCACCCCUUAUUUUCCAUUUCUUGUAUAUUUUGUUAUGUAUAUUUAUCUAUAAGAAACGACGGCCGCGGCAGCAGUGGGGCAGCGAUGUUUACACAGAUCCAUCACUGCCGUCGGUUAACCGGAAAAGGAAAAAAAAAAGAUCAAAGAUAACAUAACAAUUUUCAUUGUCUGGAUAAAGAUAAAUAAUAUUAACACUUUUUUUGUGUUGAUACAGAAAGAUGAUUUUUGUUUGUCAUUAUACCUAUCAUAAAACUAAGUGCUAAAAGUGUGUGUGUGGUUAGUACAUGUGUGGAUUUCAAAAAAAGUUGUGUGUUCGAUGCGACCUAAUAAUACACUUACACAAAACAUCAAUACAAAUUGCAUAUUUUAUACUUUUUGUUAGACAUAAUAUUAUAUUAAUUACGGUUUGAAAAGUUCUAUCUAGAUGAUUUCAUCGUUUAUCUCAGAUACCGACCGACUUAUUUCCCAUUUAUCUACACAAGAUUAAAUUAUAAAAUAUCAAGUUUAUCUCGACGGAACACAUCACUGCGUAUAAACGUUGACAUAAAUCUUUAAACGAACUUAAAAACCAAGUGACGAUUUUUACUAUUUUAAAAGCGUGUAAACCGUGAAGAAUAAACACAUCUUCAUGGCGUACAUGCAUAGUUUUUGUUUGAUAGUAUAGGAAGUAAGGGCGAAAAAAAUUUAAAUUUGAUUUAUGAUUAAUGUAUCGUAAUACAUCUGUAUAAUUUUCUGAUAACUAUUGAUGUCAAUCGGCUUCGCAGUUGGUUUCCGUUUUUUUAUCUUCUAUACAGUACCAUAUAUAUAUAUAUAUAUAUAUAUAUUAUAAUCUCUGCGGCAAUCUCAAUAAUUGCUUACCGCCGCCGCAUAUAUUAUUUUAUUGAUUUACUGUGUAACGCGAAAAAGAAUAUCGUCCCGUUUACCUAAUAAAAAAUCCUACUCUAAGUGAAAUAAUAAACACGCACGUAUGAACAAAUAAAUUUGCGAAAUUCGGUACGAUGUUGAUGAUUCAUUUAUCGUUAUGUAUAGUAUACAUACAAUAUAAUAUUGGUACGAAUGAAUAAUUAUUAAACGUAUGGGUACAGAUGAUACGAACAAAACAUGAUAGGUAAGUCGAAGUAGAUAUUUUUUCUCUGAUCGUUUAAAUUCGUAUGCCGGCAAUGCCGGUUACAUUCGUUCCGAUUAUAUAUACUUUGCCGCAUCUAUAAAAUAUUCCAAAGACGAUGUUUGAAAUGCUGUAGCUCACGGUCCGCUGUACGGGAAAUAUAAUUAAAUUCAAAUUCGCCAUAGUAAAAAAAAAAAUAUAUAUAUAAUAAUAACGACGUGUAAUUUGAUUAGUUGUUCUGCCGAGACCUUCUCAUAUAAUAUUAAUAUUAUUAUAUUGGUACCUACAACAGAUUUAAUCGAUAAAUCAUCAUUAUAUUAUUAAAAAAAAAAAAAAAAAUCGUGUAUCACAUGUUACGAGAUCGAUCGAAUUUUCAAGUACUCGCCUGUAUAUUAAUCGGUCGCCUGACAUACCUGCCGUCGAUAUUUUUUUAUUCCCCGUCAAAACGUUAUUAUGAACGACGGCUGUUUUUAAUAUUGGUACUCUACAUAAUGUUAUUAUACAAUAUGACUAUGGAACUUCGGUGUAGGUUCAUCGGUUGCUAUACAGAGUGGUGAUAAUUGAAUGAUAUGCUUAGUAUUAGGAAUAUUGAUUCAAAUAAAUUAUGAUGUUGACAUUUAUUUUUGACGAGAUAUGUUCUACUUUUAACUUUUAAGAAUGCGUAAGGGGACAGUAGUGGAACACAAUUCAUACGCCGCUCGCUGUACCGCCACGCAAAUGAUUCUCUACUUCUCUGCCCCUACCCAAACUCAAAAGUGGAAUAUCUCAUUGACGAAAAUCCAAAAUUUCAACGUUAAAUUGUAUUUAAACUAAUGCACUGUCUACUUAUAGAAUUUUUAAUAUAGGUUGCCGAUUGAAAAUUAAACGCAGGCACCCACAAACAUAAGUAUGACAAAAAAUAAUGAUAAUUUAACAUUUUAGAAUUGCUUGUUUCUUAUUGUCCAAAAAAAAAAAAUCCGAAAAAAGUUAAUACUUUCUAAGACAUCGCAAUGAUCAUAUUAUCUUUGUGUGACAGUGACACCCUGUAUAAUGUAGGUAUAUUUGACUUUAUUUCCCGCGUUUUUAUUCAACACAAGUAAAGAAUACUGAAAAAAAACGUACAUACAUAUUUUAUACACUUGUAUACUAAUACAGUGAGUAUUAAGUGUAUAAUAGUAUUACCUAUAUUCAUUUAUUAACUUAACGCUUGGGGGUUAUGUUAUAUAAAAAAAAAAAGGUUCUUUUUUCUUUCAUUUAAGUGUUGUACGUAUUAUCUAUACUUAUAUAAAAUAAUUUUGAAAUAAGUUACGAUUUUGUUUUGUAUCGUCGAGGAUUCUUUUUUAUUUUUUCGUUUUAAUGUUUUUUUCUGUUUCACUACUGUCUAGUAUACCAACUUAAUCUCAAAGGAUACUAUUAAUAUUAUGAUUCUUAUACGGAUUUGUUUUUAUUCUGCAAAAGUCAAUUGGAUCGAAAUGUAUGCCUUCAACAUUAAACAUUAUAAAUUAGAAUUUAAAUGUAAAAAAGCCGAACAAACUUCUGAUAUUUGAGAAUAUUGUAAAAUAUCCCUGCGAUCGUCUCGUCGUCACAAAAAUUGAAAAAUAUAUUUUUUUAGAUUCUGAGUACAACACGAAAAAGCUAUUAUAACAUGUUUUUUCGUCGAAAAUAAUCUUUUUGACUAGUUAUAAAUCUGUAAAUUAUUCACACCAUAUACGUUAAAAGAAGCGAAUUUUUCUUUCGACGGUACUUAUUUUAAUAAACUUUCUAGAAAGGAUUCUAAAAAGUUCUAAUGGCUCUUUGACAAAACUAAAAACCUAACAGUAAAUGAGAUUAUAUCGGUGGUUUUAUUUUUGUUGAUUUAUAGGUUACCUUGGCUACAAUGGAAAAAAACACGACUUUGUUAUAAUAUAUAACCAUGUCGGUUUACCGAGCUCCACUCAGAAUCGUUUCUUGAUUGAAACAAUUUAUCGUUGGAUUCAUUGUAUUGUACUCACUAUGUGGAGAAAAAUGUCUAAUGCCUAAUGUAUUUUCUAUAAAUUAUUAAUAUUCUAUUCAAUUAAGUGUCGUACAUAUAAAACCAACAUAAUAUGUCUUAAUAUUUGAUAAAUAUUAUAAUUUCAUACUUUUAAAAAAAAUAGUUGAUAAUUUCUAAUAUAAUUUUAAUUAAACAAAUUAAAAUAUACCCAGGAUAUAUCCCGUGAGUAUUUUCUUACUAUAUAUACAUUGAAUAUGUACUAUUAGUACUCGUUUAUACUAUUAAAUAUUAAGUAUUAAGGAAGUCAUAAAAUACUAACCAUCAUUAUUUAAAGACCGAGUUCAUUUUUUUUUUGAAUGUUCAGUCGGUGUAACAUUUUUUUUUUAUUGUUUUUAUACCUUUUAUGUAUCUUUUCUGCUGCAUUUUCCUUGUAAAGGAUUACGAAUAGUUUAAACUUUAUUAUUAUUUGAAAAUUAUGAACUUAAAAAUAACAUAUAUAGAUUAUUAAAAAUAAACGAUUUAUUAUUUACGGACCAAAAUUUUACCAAAUUUUAAGUUUAGAAUCAUAUUAUAGUGAGGUGGGAAAAUUUGUUAGAAACAAAAUAAUAAUCUCUGUGUGAUUUUCCCUCUUCAAAUACUAAUAAAUAUAUUAAACUGUCGAGUAUUAUACUAUACUAUUGGCAUUAAAGUUUUUAAGUAAAUCAUGUAUUUCAAUUAGUUCGAAUUUGGUCUGAAUAAAUAAGUAACUUUAUUAUAUUCAAAUUACUAAGCAUUUAAUUUUAUAAACCAGAUGAAUGUGACUUAGGAAAAUCUGUCUUCUUGCAGUCACAUUUUCCUGCAGCCAGAUUUAUCUAGCACACCGUGUGGAAAAUUCGAAUUUGUAUACUAACCGAAAAUAGUGAUUUCUGAAAGAAAAUAAAAACAUAUUCUUAACAAAACUAAUAGCUUUUUCUUUACGCACGGAAGUUAAAUUUAAAACGAAAUAAUGUAUUAUUAUUGUUAUAAUAUCCGAUGAUGUGUACGAACAAAAUGAGAUAUAGAGGAGAAGAAUCAUCGUUGUGGUAAAACGGUUUUACGUAGAAGUUUUCGUCGUUGGGGGUCUUUGAUUUUUGAACAAUCUAUUAUAAUUUACGUUUGCUAUAAUAUUAUACCGAAGGGCGUGUCGAGUAUAGAGCGAAGUGUAAAUACUACACUUAUAUAAAUGAGACAGUAAACGUAAAUAGACAUUUAUUAUUAUAUACGUUACAUACACCUGGCUAUAUUACUGUUAGGUAUUCAUUAAAUUGCAAUUUAUAUCACGUUUGGAUAAUAUUUUGUUAUUAAUUUGUCUCGCUACGAUAAUAAUAAUGAUGCAUUAGAAAUUCUUGAUUUGUACGUUCGCGUUGAGUAUCCUAUAUAGAUCGGAUCAUCGCCAUUAAAAUAUAUUAUCGAUGAAAUUAUUAUUAUUAUUUUUUUUUUUUUAUCUCAAUUCGUGUUUUUUCGCAAUAUUGUUAGGUAUAUUAAUGCAAUUUACAUAUUAUUUUAAUGACAGUUAUACCGGAUUUAAUUCGAUUUUGCAUAACGCCUAUUAUACUUACAUAAAAACUCGUUUAGCAGCAGAAAUAAUCGCAUUGUUGAUUUAAACUUACUUACUACAGGUAUAAAAAAAAUAUACUAUUUCAAUGUUCGAUACAAAAAGCAAAUUGUUAUUAAUUGGCUCUAUUUUUAUUAUUAUUAUGUAUACAGCGAUAUGUUUCACUCAAUUUUUGAAACUGUAAGUUCGUUAUUAUGUUUUUUUUGGCUGUCUACGUAUAUAAUAAUAUAAUCUGUUUCCUACAAAGAAAACAGUAUUUACUAAGUCAAAUUUAUUAACUUUUAAAGUCCUCUAUUCAAGUUCAUAGAAAUCAAAUAUCGUUAUUGCACGUUAGAAUUUAAGACGAUUAAAGCUCAGGCAGGUAGGUAUAGUCCGUAUAGGCCAUAAUGCAUGGGCGAUAAUGUACUAAUACAUUUAUGCAUUAUAAUUUCCAGUGUCAAAACAGCACAUCAAAACACUCUGAGGCGAAAAUUUAUACUAAAUAAUAGAAAUUAUACUCUUUGUCAUCAUUAAAGUUCUGUGGUUGUAUCUUUUACUGAGUAAUCAUUUCAAAGUUGUUUUUAUUUCGGAAAAGAUUAAUCCUCUCACACCUAAUAAGGUGUUAUAACAUUAAACAUUUCGUUUGCUUUUUAAAUCAUGUAAAUUUACAUUUAGACUACACACAUAAUGUAUAUUAUAUAUUUAUAUUUAACACAUGCUUAUGAAAAUAUGAAAUAAUUUGUAUAGUAUGAUUGGUAUGGUUAUAAUAUUAACAGAUUUAUCAGUUUGUCACAUGAGUCACGGUCAAUUAAUUUGACGAAGCUGUUAGCCUGCUUCAUGUGCACGUUUAUAUUGAUUCAAUUUUAACCAUAAUUUGUCUAUAAAUUACUUGACAAUCACUAGUGCCAUAAAUCAUACAUAUAAGACCCCCCCAAAAAAAAAAUCUUGUGUCUUGAGACAACUGUAUCGGUUACCCUUUCGUUACCCCCAGUUAAGCCGCUGAUCAUCUUAUAUAAUAUAAAUUCAAAUAAAAGCAACAAAAAAACACAAUUUUGUCAUCAUAUACAAAGAUGUAUUCACAUUUUUAGUGCGCUUUAAUAGUAUGAAUUUGUUUCCUAACACAUUAGAAUUUCGAGGUAUACACUUUGGGUUCUAAAACACAUUGUUUAAGGUAUCGAUAUUAUCUGGAAUUUUUAAUAUUUAUCUAACUAUAUUAUUAUGAGUAUCAUCUAUAACCUAGAUUGUAUACAUAAAUAUAUUGAUUUCAAAUUUUAACGAGUGUAGAUAUUUUAUAGAGACGAUUUCAGCAAAUCAUUUCAUGUUUUCAUACAUUAGUCGGAGUUUCUGCUUUCCGGAUUGGUAAUUACGUGUAAUAAACCAUUUUUAUAUUUUCCUGUAUUAUAUACGUAUAUAAAUAUACAAGUACACUAAUAACGGCGAAAAACAUUAAGGUUUUCUCAUAAAAUUAAAUUCAACGGAUGAGAAAGACGGUGUGCGUAGGAUUUAUCGGUUUUGUGUUCACCUCGUUAUUAUAGACAAAUCGGUUUGAAAUUAAUUAUUAUCAUGCGAUUUAUAUAUCAGGAAAUUCGUAGAUUAGAACUUCGUUUUAAUUCUUUAACCAAAUCUACCCUACGACGUAACUAUAAGGUAGAUAUAUAAUAUGUUAAUGAAAAUCUAAAUAAUUGUGGAUUUUUAUAUGAUAUUUUAAUGUCUAGGAAUCCUGUAUGAUUCCAAAUAUAUUUAGAGAAUAUACAAUUAUUUAAAUGAUCUAGGUAUUUUAACAAAUUUCAAUUAAUGUAUUGGUGAUGUAUUUAAUAUAUCUUAUCGACAUCGAAGGUCACUCAAUAUGAUAAAAACGUCGCAAAUGGACGGUUAAAGUUAUUUUACCGACAUAAUUCUAAAAAAAUAUGAAAAAAAAUAAAUCAUUUAGCGGGUAGAUAAAUAUUGUUAAUCAAAAUUGUAACACAAUUUAGAUAGACAGAUAUGUAGAUAGAUACGCGUAUUUUGCAAACAAACAGUUAACACAUUAUAGUUAAUUAGUUAACUGUUUAUUUGCAAAUUUAGGUGAAAACCGUAAUAUACCGUGAAAACUCUUUAUAACGAAUCUUAAGGGAUAAAUAGAUUUCUUUCUUUGUAAAGGGAAUAUUCAAGUAUAAGUUAUAAAGCAAACUGACCUAUUAAGUAAUUUUUACGUUACAUAGAGAUUUCGUUGAAAAGAGUUUCAUUAUAUUGGGUUUUCACUGUAUAUAUAUAUAUAUAUAUAUAUUAUAUAUCUAUCUAUCUAUUUUUCAAAACGUUUUUUUCAAUUUCUAGUCUACCUGUUUUCUAUACUAAUAAUCUGUAAUAUAAUAAUAAAUUAAACAGAGCAUCAACUGCAGAGAGAUAAUGUCGAUAAUUCUAUAUUAAACUUUUUCAACUUUAUAUUUGGAAUUUUCAAAUGCAUAUUUCAGUCUUCUACAAAUGUUACGAGAAUCUCCUCAUGCGUGUUAAUGUAAUCGGUUGUUUAUACUACCGAGUUAUUAAAGCGACAAUGUGAUGUAAACAAAUAGUGUAUUUUUUUUUUACUGAAGAACAAUAUUAUCAAUUAAUAAUUGAUGUUGCUAGUACUUAAUCGAAAGACAUUAUAAAAAAAGAAUGGUGUGACUAUUGGUUUCUUAAAAAAUAAUACGAUAUUUUUAAUUGUAAACUAAUGUAUUCUGUUAAAAAUAAUGAUAACAUUAUUUCACUAAGUAUACUAAUGAAAGUGUUGGUUUUGAUGAGUUACAAGUUGUUCACCAAUCGUUAGGACACAAAGAUAGAAUGUUGAACGAUUUCUCUAUUCUGUACCUACAUUUUUUUAUGUCAUUUUAUGAAAUGGUAAGUUAUUAUAUAAAUUAUUUAGGAAUUGUGUGUAGAAAAAAUUUAUUUUAUACACUUCAUAAAACAUAGUUAGGUAAUAUGCAGAAUUUCUAGCCAAUAUGUAAAAUAUGAUUAUGACUAUGAAAAAUGCCGUUAACAUACACUACGGUGGACUAAAAAAAAAUUGUUUAUUCGUAGCUGUGUCUUUAUAUUUUAUUUGUACGGGUGUAACAAUAUGCCACCGAAUCGUAUUUUACGAAAAAUAAAAAAAAAAUGAAAAUAUUUACAAAGUUAUUAGCGUGAAACUAAUAAUAUACAAAAUGUUGAUAAAUCAUUAAUUCGAAAUUAUCCUUGAAAAACAUUUAUUUUUUUUGUAAUCUUUUACGUUUCGAGGCUAAUAACUUUAUCAAUGAUGAUUUAAUCAUAGCUACUAACGAACUUUAUUCAGUGAACUAUAAUUCGAUGAUAAACCUGCACAAAUAAAAUAUGAAGAUAAGUCCGCGAAAAAAAAAACAUUUUUUUUUUUUUGAUUCACCCUAAUAAAUUAAAUUCAUAACAACAUGUGUUUAUAACAAUUUUAUUACCUAUGCCGUAUUAUCUCUCGAAAACACAAAGCGUUUCAGAGCAAAUUUUCGACAUUAUGAACUAUGAAUACAUUUAAGAUCAAAUUUUAAAAUUUCGCGAAUAUUGAAAUACGGGUGACAAAUGAAAAAUUUGACUUAGAGGUAUCGUUAACAAGUGAAGUACCAAUUUAUAAAUGUUAAAUUUUUUAACCAAUAAACGAUAUUAAUAUGCAAAUCAAUAAAACUAUGUAACUAAUAUUAUACUAUUUGACUGAAAUUUCCCAUGUACCAACUGACAUUCUUUUGAUAUUAGAAAAAGUAUAUUCUGUCAGCUGUUGUUGAAAUAAUAUCUCAAGGAAGAAAAACGAGUCACUAUUAUUAUAACACGACGUCAUAAUAAUAUCGCCGAGGCGGUGUAAUAGUUUUAAAAAUUAUGAAAAUCGUGACGAGUCGAAGGUUGAUUAUGAGUACUUACAAUACACAGAGGUGUUCUAUUUAACGCAGGUACCGCACUUUUUUUUUCUCGCGGUGAAUUUAUGUAUUUCGAUUAGUCACUUAUAUUAUGAUUUAUAUAUAAGUACCUUUACAAUUCUUAUAUUAUUCUUUUUUUUUUUUUUUCAAUAACAACCAUAAUUUUUAAAUUUCAUAUUGUAACGCAAAAUUCUUCUGCAAAUCCUUUAAAAUAUAAUAUAAACUGUGUAUAGACAAUGAAGACCUUGAUGGGUCAUCACCAAAUGAGGUCACUAUAUUUUCGCGGUUCUGAACUGGAGAUAACAAGUCAGGCCGUUUGUUUACGUUUGAGUAAAUGAUAACUACAGUGAUUCAAACAAGUGAUGCUAUAAAUACGUACAUGAAAACUAUGGGUGAUCACUGGCCAGUGUUAUUUAGAUAAAAUAGUAAUAAGUUGUCCGUUAUAAAUAAUCAAAUAAUCUCGAUACAUUUUUUUCAAAUUGUAAUUUAUAUAACUAAUAAUUAUAAAUAAUAGGUAAAAUAUUUAAUUCAUAUACUUAUUUAAUUAGGGUUAAGUAAAUUAAUUCACUUAUUAAAUUGUAUUAAAUAUACAACCUUUGUCAAAUCUUUAGACUAAUACUUGUAAUUUUACUAAUUUAGGCAUUUAGUUUUCUAACGGGUAGUGAACAGAAUUAUUUACAUAAAUAUAUAUAUAUUUUUUUAUAAAUAAAACGUAUUUCAUCUCUCCGUAGAUAACUCAAUUAUUAUGUAUCUAUUAUCGUCAUCUAGAUAGUUAUUAUAACAAUUUAUUAUUAUCUAUUAUAUUUAACUCGAUAUUUAAAUAUAUUUUUAUACAAUAAUGUGGGUACUGUGGGUGAAAUUCAUCCAUGUUUUUAUUAUCUGAACUAUAAGUUUAAUUAUAAGUACCGAUAUGUAUAUGAUUGUUUAUUACCUACAUUUUCAAUACAAAUUAACAAUUUCGAUCAAAUAUAUUUCAAAAAUUAGACUGCAAUAAAAACCACCUACAUAUAGGUACUCAAAAGUAAAAUUUAUUCUCGAAUGACUUAGAAAAAAUCGAACUUGUUAGGGAGAUACUAAUGUGACACAUUUUAAUAAUAUGUUUUCGUGUUCUGUCGCAAAUCGAUGAUUGACGGGGCGGGAGGAGGGGUUGUAUUGUGUGUGAUUUGUAAUAAGUUCUCGAAUCGCGGUGAACGAUUUCCAAAUGGCGACGAUAAUCGGCGGAAAACGAUGACGGUAUUUAACGAUAAAACGAACGAAACGAUAAUAACGAAAAACAAACGUUACGACAGUUGUGGCUAAUAUUGUUAUAAUUUUGUGGCCCGGCGUUGACAGUGAGGGGGGGGGCUCGUGUAUUGCAGCGGAGUGGUGGUGAGCGGUAGCGGCGGCGUCGGUGUCGGUGAUGGCGAUGGCGUCGGUGGAGGCAGCGUAGGCGUCUGCAUAGGCGGCGGACCAGGACUGUUCCGUUCCAGGAGCCUGCCGCAUCUGUUGGGCAACGAUUCUGGCGUGGGCGGAAGCUUCAGCGACGGCGGGUGUCCGGACGGCGGCGGCGGUCUACAUCAUUUGCACGGAGGCGCGCCGCUGCCCGGUCACUGCAGCAGCAAGUCGCAGCCGGCCGGCCUGUCCGGGCUCGGUGACGUCCGACAGCUGGUCACCCUCAAACAGCACUACUACCCGGAGGGCGGCUGGGGCUGGGUAGUAGCCGCUGUGGCAGUGGCCGCUCACUUGCUCGCCCACGGACUCCACCUGGCCGCCGGGAUAUUCGUCCAGGAGCUGGUCGACAAAUUCGGCCCCGGCACCGUGGUACCAGCAGGUAUUACAAUUUAUGUAUGAUAACACGUGUACAGCAAAAGAGCUAAUAUAUACCUACCGCUGUUGUAAGAGGAAAGGUAGGCCGAAAAAAUUGUAUCCAUAUAUUUCGAAAAAAAAAAUAAAAAACAUCUCGAAAAUGUCGAAUAGCUUUUUAAAUAACCCAAAAACACCGGACAUACUUCGAAAAUUGUAAAAUGUUUUUUAAUUAAUGUACAAUGUGUCAUAAGUGUUCGGUAAAAAAGUAGAUCAUUACGACUAUUUUUCGUGGAAUCGUACAUUUUAAAAUAAAAACUAAAUAAAAAUGAAAAUAUUCCAAUUUUUCAUUCAUGAAAAGUAUAUAAGGAAAGUAUAACAACUAGACAAAAAUGUCUACCUACAUUUGUUACAACAAAUGACAGAUCGUGAACCUUUUAAAUUGUGGUGUAAAUAUUUUGCAAAUCAUAAGGGUAGACGAUGUUAACAUACCAGUAUAAACACAUGCAGUAACUCGUUGACUAUUAUUUUAUACAUUUACGCUUGAUCUGUUAGAAUACUUUUAUAUCCAAUGUAUAACUAUUUAGCAACAUUGGCUACAUAGGCUAUCAUACCCAUAAAGAAACGUUGUAAUAUGAAUGAUCUCUAAACUAGUUGAUCAAUAUUUCAUAUAUUAUUUGGCGAUCCAUCCAUUUUAGACAUGAGGCAAAUCACUGCAAAAAUCCUACUUUAGCACGCUAAUGAACUCAUAUACUAUAAUAUUAGAAAUUAAAAACGAGGCGAUGUUGUAUGGCUAAUUAUUAUUUGUGGAUUUUAGAAAAGACAACAUUUAUAAUAAACGAACUAUAUUAAUUAUAUGGCGAUAGGAAAAUUUCAUAUGGGUCUGUGGAUGUCUAAUAGUGAGUGGAGGUAAAUUUAUCACGGUCGUGACCAGAAGUUUUUAAUUUAAACAACAUUUUCUUUUUUGAUAUCAAUAGUAGGCAAUUUUAUAUUUUUCCUAACACCCCCUGCCUGAAGUUUAUAUAUUUGCGAGGGUCUUUGGUAGAGCCAAUCAUUCGCUUCAUCUGGAGAGCCGAAACUGCCAGGAAUAACCUUUGAUGUUGACGAUUGGAGUGAGAUUUUUUGUCGAAAUGUUUUUCACAGAAAUUUAAAAAAACACACACACACUCACAUACAUCAUAUUGGUAAAACCAAUACAUUCGUGUAUAAUAUUAUAUUACGAAGGAUUCGUGUCUGGUGAACGCUCCGGAUCUCUUCCCGAGGUCUAGCGGUAGAUAAGGUGGCACCAGUAGUGGCGGUGACGUGAUACUCUGAUGUACAUUUUAAAACCAUUAUGGGUUUUGUCGGUCGUCGUGUUGCAUGAGUCGUCAUUAUCAUUCCAGAGGAAAUUCUUGUUCAUACAGAUUGAAAACGUAUCAGGUUAGUGGUAAACAAAUAGCGAAAUACAGUUAACGUGUUAUAGCCGUUUUCCUCUUUUUUAGGGUACGUUGUAACAAUAAUAUAUUACGCUUGUGCACGCAGAUUCCGUAUAUUUGAUCCCGUUUUGAAUUCCUUGCAGUGUGAUCCCAACCCACCACAGCUCACCGCACAUGAAAUCGUGUCAUUCGAAAACGGCAGAGUAGAAUUUCACUGA